AACAUCCCAGAAUGCACCUCUUCACGUCAUCAAUAAACAGAAGUAAACACAAACCUUCCUCUGACAGUGAAUAACUUAUAUUAUAACCAGUUGUUGCACUGAUCCAUCACAUCUCUGUCCUGUGUCGGUGUCCGGUCUGUGUCGGUGUCCGGUCGGUGUCCGGUCUGUGGGCGGUGCUGCUCAGCGGCUCUGGAUUGUUUUCCCACUCUGUGGCUGUAGGAUCAGUGUCUAGGAUGGAUCCAGAAUAUGAACAUCGCCUCUUCCGCCAAAUUAACAUUCAAAAUGACAACUUGAGUCCUGCUAAAUCGACACGCGGUCUCCACAGUCGGACACCCACUGGUUCCCCAUUAUCCUCGCCCAGUAAGCUUGGAGACAGGUUUAUACCCACCAGAGCCGGGGCCAACUGGAAUAUCAACUUCCACAGGAUAAAUGAAAACGAAAAGUCACCAAUUCAGAGCAGAAAAUCUAAAGAUGCCACUACUGAUAACGUCAAAGCAGAUGGGCUGGCCUACUCUGCUUUGCUGAAGAAUGAGCUGCUGGGAGCAGGAAUAGAUAAGAUCCAGGACCCGCAGACGGAGGACAGACGUCUACAGCCAACCACCCCCGAGACGAGGAGUCUCUUCACUUAUUCACUCAACACAGAAACAGCGUCUCCUGACAAUAGCACCAACAUCUCCCCAUACUCCUUAUCACCUGUCAGCAACAAAAGUCAAAAAUUGUUACGUUCGCCGAGGAAGCCAACACGCAAGAUCUCAAAGAUCCCCUUUAAGGUUCUCGAUGCUCCAGAGCUGCAGGAUGACUUUUAUCUCAACUUAGUGGACUGGUCCUCCCUCAACGUCCUCAGUGUCGGGUUGGGCACAUGUGUUUACCUCUGGAGUGCCUGUACCAGCCAGGUAACAAGGUUGUGUGAUCUGUCAGUGGAGGGAGACUCAGUCACAUCGGUUGGCUGGUCUGAAAGGGGUAACUUGGUCGCAGUGGGAACUCACAAAGGAUAUGUUCAGAUCUGGGACGCUGGCGCUGGGAAGAAACUCUUUGCCUUGGAAGGACACACAGCCAGAGUUGGAGCUUUAGCGUGGAAUGCAGACCAGUUGUCUUCAGGAAGCCGUGAUCGUAUGAUUCUUCAAAGAGACAUACGGACGCCUCCACUGCAGUCAGAGAGGCGGCUGCAGGGACACAGACAGGAAGUGUGUGGGUUGAAGUGGAGCACUGACCAUCAGCUGCUCGCUUCUGGUGGAAAUGACAACAAGCUGCUGGUGUGGAACCACUCCUCGCUGAGCCCAGUGCAGACCUACAUGGAUCACCUGGCCGCAGUUAAAGCCAUCGCCUGGUCCCCCCAUCAGCACGGCCUGCUGGCGUCUGGAGGCGGCACUGCUGACCGCUGCAUCCGAUUUUGGAACACACUGACGUCGCAGCCGCUGCAAUGUAUGGACACAGGCUCACAGGUCUGCAACCUGGCCUGGUCCAAGCAUGCUAAUGAGCUGGUGAGCACCCAUGGCUACUCUCAGAACCAGAUCUUGGUGUGGAAAUAUCCAGCUCUCACUCAGGUGGCCAAGCUCACAGGACACUCGUACAGAGUCCUCUACCUGGCGAUGUCCCCGGAUGGCGAGGCGAUAGUGACAGGAGCUGGAGAUGAGACCCUACGCUUCUGGAAUGUUUUCAGCAAAACAAGGUCAACGAAGGAAUCUGUAUCAGUUUUAAAUCUCUUCACCAGGAUACGGUAACUUUAGACAAAUGUUUAAAAAUUCAACUUUGAGUGGAUCACAGCGUCAUCAGUGGACAAUUCAUAAAACAUGGUGCUAAGGACAGACAUUACAAUCUGAGGCAUCUCGGGACAUUUUUCACAGAGGAAACGGCAGCAGGAACAACUGAGAUAUAUAUUUUUGACACUAACAUUUGUUUGGGAAAUUAUUUUUGACACAUAUGCUCUCACUGAUUGUAAUUUUUCUUUACUUUUUUAAAAUAUGGGUUAAUUUCCAUUUUGUAUUUUUUGUAACAAAUAAUCAUGGGCCUUAAAAAUGUUGUGAUAAUGUUUUCAAUACUUUGGAAUUUGAGCAUUUUUAGUUUUUGUUUAACUCAGGUUUAAUUUAUUUAAUGCACUUGUUAUAUGGUAAAUAUUCAGUGUAUGAAUCGUCUGUAAUGGAAAAAUUUGAUUCUGUGGAGAAAAAUAGGACUUAAACAUACAAACUAAACAAAAUCACCUACUAAGCCUUCUACAAUAUGUGCACCAUGUUUACCGUGAUCCUGCGACUACUAAGCUUGAAGAGUAGUUGGUUGAAAUUAUGCAGUUUCCUCCUGUGUUUUGAAAGUCUAAUGCUGUGCAUUGAGACGUAUACUACAUGAUUGAUUCUUUGUAGUAAAGGACGAAAUAAAACAAGGUAUGACUUUG